CAGCACAGCCAACAAAUGAGUUCGUAUUUUGUGAACUCCACUUUCCCGGUGACUCUUGCCAGUGGUCAGGAGUCCUUCCUCGGGCAGAUUCCGUUAUAUUCCUCCAGUUACGACCCUUUAAGACACUAUCCGGCCACAUAUGGGGCUACAGGCAUGCAAGAUAAAAGCUACCCAUCACCCUCUUACUAUCAACAAGCCAACGGGGCUUAUGGGUGCAACCGGACACCCUGCGAUUAUGGUGUCCCCAGUUUUUAUCGGGAAAAGGACCCUUCCUGCGGCGCAUCAGCCACCAGCUCCAAAUACCACUCACUGGAAGACCCAACGCAUUUUAACCCCGAACAACGCAAAUCCGAGUGCGCCCAAAACAGAAUUUUAUAUGGAGAAGUGGACGACCAGAAGAGUUCUCUCCCCGUAUAUCCCUGGAUGCAAAGAAUGAACUCCAGUGGUGCCUCGGCAUUUAAUCCGAACGGACGGCGCGGGCGGCAAACCUACACUAGAUAUCAAACUCUGGAGCUAGAAAAGGAGUUCCACUUUAACCGCUACUUGACCAGGAGACGCCGGAUAGAGAUUGCACACGCCCUUUGCCUCACAGAACGCCAGAUCAAAAUCUGGUUCCAAAACAGGCGCAUGAAGUGGAAAAAGGAGAACAAAUUACUCAGCAACUCGCAAUUAAGCGGAGAAGAAACAGAGGAAAAAUCCACAGAGUGAAAACCACACAAAAAGAUAGAUCGGAUGGGGA